GCGCUGCGAGCGGCCUCCUCUGGGCCGGGAACCCGACGGCGUCAAACGCCGCUUCUAAAAUCUCAAGUCUUCCCUUCGUACCAAACGCGAGGUGGGCCGGAGCGAAGGCCAGCUGGCAGCCAGAAGCGGGAGCGCUCCCGUGGCGCCGUGCUUUUGGAAGCCUCGCUGAAGCUCUUGAUGGGCCGCUCAGUCACCGCGCUCGGCCGGCGUGAAUUCCCUCAGCAGAACGAGUUUGUAAGCAAAAGGCCCGGAGUUUUACUGUGGAGGAGAGGCCGCCCUUCUGAAAGCGGCCGCAGAGCUGCCCCCCGCCCGGGACAAAGCGGGACGGAGACCCAAAAAGGCCGAGGGAAUGAUGUGAACGACUUCCAUCACGACUGUGGGGUGAAUUGAGAUGGACCCCCUGUCUGACACCUCUGUUCUGCUCUGUGCCUGUUGCUGUGCCAGCGUUCAACACCGCCUCCAGUCUGACCGGUUCCCAUUUCGCUGAGGCGUGAGGCUGUAACAUCUGUAACGCGGGGACUGUGGGCACCUUUCUUCUUUCUCAAAUUAAUGAAUGCUGAGCAGACAGAGCCCUUUUAUCACAGCUGUGCUCUUAUCAGACCAUCUCCUCUAUUCCUUCCUUCCCCAGCCAUUGUGGAAGCAGACAUCCUGCCCAAGGCAUCCAAACCCACAAUCUGCCGCUUCUUCUACCGAGCCUCUGGAUUUUUGCCAGCAGCCCCUUGAGAGGGUCCCAGAUGUGACUGCUGCUUCUGUGCUGCCCUGAACGUAUCCGGUGAAAACAAAGGGCCACACUCAGCACGGUUGCCGCUUCGGAGGCCAACACUUCCUCCUCUGUCAGGGCUGUACGGUGGGAGACAGUGGUGCUGAGGCACCCCAGGGUAAGCGGGCUGAAGUGGAGGGUCGCACACAGCCAAAGGGGUGCCCACACUAUAGGAAGAAACCCAUCUUUUGAGUGCACCUCUCAGCUGCUCUGCGGGCUCACCGGCAGUUCCCACAAAGCCGGGAGGUGUGUAUGGGAUGCUGAUGCCUCGCACCCGCGUCCUGUGUGAAAAGACAUUGGGUUUUGAUGCUGCUUCUGCUUAGAGGAAAAAGGAUUCCUAAGAGAGUCAUUCCGCUCUAUUUCAGUGUAACUCAGACUCGGGGCACUGCUUGCCUUGCCGUUCGUAAAACCAAAAUGGUUUGACUAAUAUUUCUGGGAGAAGUUUUGGGGAGAGAGAAGGGAAGUGAAAAUAGCAACCCGUUCCAGCUCUGUGGCUUUGGUCUGUGAUGGUUUCGUGCUACUUGGGUAGGUUUGGCAAUUUUCGGUAGUAAGAUCAGAAACACAACACCACGGGCUGCCAUUGUAUGUGAUCGGAGGUGCCUCUGAGGAGCCAUGGGAAUGAAGCAAAUGUGCAUUGCUUCCGGGUUUCCUUGUGCCUUCAUCUUGUAACCCUCUGUUUUUUCUUGUAGCUUAGGUCUUCAGCAUCGCUUCCCUACCUUGACACACACUGCCAGGGUUCCUGUAGCCUGCGUGCACUUUUCUGUUUUCUUAAGCAUUUCUGCACACAAUAAAACGUUCAGAAGGGUUUUCACCCAUUCAUCAGUUCUUAGGCAUCGAGGGUGAUUUCAUCUGUGAGGCUGUGCUUUGUUUGUUAAAAGCUUUGCUUUGGAGUCCCAGCGAAGAAAUACUUCAAAUGUCUCUCCGUUGGGAUCCAUCUUGCAACCUGCCUUCCACUGAAAUGAAGAGAUUGGAGAAGAGUGAAGGGGGAAGAAGGAAGAUGGAUUUCAAUAAAACACAGGCAGAUUGCUGUACAUCCAAGAAGAGAAGCAUGUGAAGCAGGUCGAGGGAGAUGAUUCUGCCCCUCUACUCUGCUCUUGUGAGACCCCACUUGAAGUACUGGGUCCAGUUCUGGAGCCCCCAACACAAGAAGGACAUGGAGCUGCUGGAGUGGGUCAAGAGGAGGGCCAUGAGGAUGCUCAGGGGGCUGGAGCACCUCCUCUACAAGGACAGGCUGAGAGAGCUGGGGCUGUUCAGCCUGGAGAAGAGAAGGCUCCAAGGAGACCUGAUAGCGGCCUUCCAGUACCUGAAGGGGCCCAACAGGAAAGCUGGGGAGGGACUUUUUAUAAGGGUAUGUAGUGACAGGUAUGUAGUGGAAGUGGUUUUAAACUGGAAGAGGGUAGAUUCAGUCUAGGUAAUAGGAAGAAAUUCUUGACUGAGAGGGUGGUGAGACGCUGGAACAGGUUGCCCAGAGAGGUUGUGGGUGCCACCUCUCUGGAGGCAUUCAAGGCCAGGCUGGAUGGGGCUUUUAGCAACGUGGUCUAGAGGGAGCUGUCCCUGCCUAUAGCAGGGGGGUUGGAACUACAUGAUCUUAACGGUCCCUUCCAACCCAAACCAUUCUAUGAUCCAGUCUGGAAAACUGCAUGCUGUUGAGUUUGGCAGAUCGGCUGUUACCCUUGAAGGCAUUCUAUUGCAAUGUUGAAUUAGGAAAAAACACUCAAAGGUAUUUGCAGGGCAGUUCCGUGUCCUGUGCACACCUGAAUUUUUUUUUUGAUUUAGGUGAACUGGGACACAAGUGGCUUUUGAAACAUCCCUUCACAUGAGGCAGGCACAGUGCUUUAACAAAACACAAGGGCUGAUACUUCAUCCUUUGCGUACAAAACUGAUGGAGAAAAGUGCCUUGGUCACUGGUGAUCUGCGGUCCAUUUUAAGUGGCGUUUUCUUUUUUGUUAUUGUUUUCAGAAAUACCCUGGCCAAGCAGAUUGACAGGCAGAUUUUCCUUAACAAAACAUGCGACGUCAACAGCAACCAGAAACGUAUCUCCCUCUGCAAGCAAGUGUCCUGAAAUAAAGGCCAAAGGAACAUCAGCCCAAUGUAUGAUGAAAACUCUUGUAGGAGAAGAAGAUACGACAGUAGGAUGAUAGCUGAUGAUAACACCUCAAUAGCUGCUCCAUCAAGAAGGAUAUGAGUAUAUUCAAGCCAUUUGCAAACAUUGUGGUGCAAAAAGCCAGUCCAUCAUAAUUCCACGUGGCAGGGGCUGGACUCCUAUCUUGUCAGAAGGAAGGCUGGGACUCCCCGGGUGUUCUGAGCAACACUAAAAUGCCACGAGGUGACCUCCUGUGCCUACUGUGUGAGCCUACAGCACAUCUCAUCUCCUAAGAAGUUUUCUUGAUUGGGAGCUGAGGAUGUCACAUAGCUGUGUGACAGCCAGUAGCUCUUGCUGGUAUGGUGCUGCUGUGAAGUCUUCCAUCUGUGAACCUGGAGUUGCGUAGCUGUGCAUGAACCUGGGUACUUACAGAUGUGAGUCCUUGAGGCACAUAAAGGAAGCCGGAGCUGGCUGCAGAGAUUUUUCUGUGCACAGUAUGAAAAAUUUAUGCUGAUACUUUUGGCAAGUUUGGGUAAUUAGACUGUGAAAGGAAACACAAUAGAGAUAUUUGGCAGUUGACUGCCUUUACAGAAAGUUUAUCUUUCCAAGAGCGGGGAGAACAUUUCGAGGAAUGGCUGUGCACAUAAGCAGCAGUGUACUGCAGUGUUGUGUCUGAGAGCGUAUCGUGCAGAAAGGGAGCGGGAGCACCUUGCCCUGAAGUUUCUGCCUGCAGGACCUGGCCUGCCUGGCAUGUUGAUGCUGUGCUGGAUGCAGCAUUUGUGAAACAAAAGCAGUGGGCAGCCCCUGGGCUUGAUCGAUGCAAGCCAGGCCUUUGUGUAUGGUCAUAAGGAAGCGCUGUGAGGGCAGCUUUGUCUCUUUGCUUGUCCUCCCACUGAAUGGCAGGAGGGAGCUGCCUCCAGAGAGUGCUGGGGAUGAGGGGUGUCUUCAUAGGGCUGAGCUCUGCGUGGCCAAAAGGGCAUCCUGUGCCGGUAGAGGGCUGUGCCUGGCUUUCCCUUGUGCUGAGCUUCUUCUCCUGUUUCAGGUACUUUAGUACUAAGGGCAGGCAUCAGUCUGAUAACUCUGAAGGCAGUAAUCUCUUAAGGAAAGAAAAUGAAUCAACUGUAAUCAGGCUUUUUUCUGGCUUCUCCUGUUUAGACAAACACACUGUGGGGGCUAUGCUGGGGGUGCUUAACCCACUGCCCAUUUGUUCCUGAGAACUUCUGCCAAGAAGGAACCCAGCAUGUUGUUGGUUUUGCUCCCACCCCAUCUAUAGUGCACUAUUGUCCCCCAAACCACAGCCCAGAAGAGAUGUGCUGUUGCUCUCUGCCACAAAUAAUGCCAUGCUGCAGGCAACGAGAGGAGCUGACUGCACCCCCAGAUCUCCCACUUAGUAGCCUGGCUGCUGGCUCCGGCUGCUGCAGUUCUAGGAAAGAGGCCGCAGCUAUUGACCCCGAGCUGUUAUUUGCCUAUUGAAAUACAGGGAACUGGGGGCUGGGUGUGAGGAGCCGCAGCUUGCCGCCUUUCGCCCUUCUCCAUCCAUCCCUGGGAGAGCUUUGCCCGCUCCAGCAGUGAUUUCUGGGUAGCACGGGCUCUUCUUUCUGUCAGAAAACCCAACUAGACGUUGGGCAGAUCGCAAGGGAAAUGCUGUGUGCCUCAUUACGGGGCUGCAAUCUGUUCCUUCUCCACCCCUCCCCCGCUUAAAUUCUUCUCUGGGGAAUUACCAUUCCUUUUCAAUCUGAUGGUUUAAUCUCUCACUGCUCUCUGCCUGUGUGUCCCCCUCAUUUCCCUUUCCAGAGCUACUGCGCUCACUUUUCCCUCUCCUUGUUGCCAGGAUGAGGCGCUUCCAUGGCACUGUGCUCAGAGAGGCUUUUGGACACCUCGGGCCCACCGCAGCGGGAGGAGAAGAGAGAGCCUACCAAUGCAUGGCAGGUGCAAAUGCUGCCACAAGGCUGAACACCUCCUUCCCUUCCAAGGUGCUCUGUGAAGCUGGCAGCCCGUGGCUUGGACAGCUGCAUUGGGAUGGAAUUGAUACAGAGGCCUGGAUUUUUGCAACAUUCUCCCUCAUGCAGGACACCUCUGGGAAACCACCCGCGCUGCAGGGAGGAUCCUGCCAGCACCACUGGCAAUGCCAGGGCAGCCAUCUGCUGCAGGUGACCGUCCUCCUCUGCCACUCCUCCCAGUAAACGAGCAACAGCUGAACAGAGGCCAAAAGGAGAGUCCCCCCCCAUCCUGAGCUAAGAAAACAAUUUCAAAUAGGACAAACUGUCUUGUUCCAGGGAGGAGGUCUGAUCUGGAGAGUGAAAACAGCUUGCUACUUGGAGUGCAGUCCGCAGAAGAACAAAGCUCUAAGGACCGUUCCCUACGCUGUGCCCCACAAGAGAGGUUAUUGAGCCAAGACGGCCUCACAGAGCAUCCUGCUAUGCUCGACAGUUUCCUUGUGAAAUCCUUUUUUAUGUGUGCCCCAGAGCCUGGUUUUCUGGGUGCCGGCCCUUUGGGAAAGACUGGCAGGGAGGCAAAUGCUUGGGGUAUUUUCUUCUCCUGUUUGCAAGGGGUAUUGUGUUCUUUUCACAGGGCUGAUGCUACGUCCUUCUGAUAGACCUUAAUAGCUGCUGCCACGGAGUAAGAGUGGAGUCUGUUUUAAUCAGGUGCACGUCAGUUGCAUGUUUAUACUUUGCAUAUGUCACAGGUGACAUGAAAGGAAGAAAUCCUCAUGAGCCAACGUUCCUGCGUGACUUUCAUGGGAAAUGAGUUCUGGCUGCACAGAAGCAUGUUUCUUGUGGCAGCUGGAUGAAGAGUUACACUCAGAUGCUCAGGCAAGUGGGAUGACAUCAUGUAAUCUGUACGUCUUGUGAAGAUAAAUCAGAGCUGCUGUUUAUUAAAAUAUAUGCACUUGCAAUGGCUUCUUUGGCAGGCUGACUGUCAUAAAUAAUCUUAAAGUGCAGGUCAGAAACUGUGGUAGGAAGGAGCUCCAUAACAACACGAAUGUUGCUGCUUGAAAACCGGGCUCAGCUGGAGCAAUUUCUAGCAAAAGAGUGGAAGUGUGGGUUCAACAUUUCUGGGUUCUCAAUUAAAAGAUGGCCAUCACAUCAGCAACGUGUCAGACUCAGCAGUCUGCUUUCCAGAAAACGUCACUCUUGUCCAAAGGACAGCAGGAAGCCCCUAAAUAAUGUGACCGAGGCGCAGAGUGACAUCUCCCUGUGUGCUCAUGGCGAUGGGUCCUUCUUUCGGCUGGGGCCUCUAGGCACCACUACAGAUAGCAAACACGGCUUCCCCUUUAUGUUGGUCUCCUUCAUCUCCAUCCAUGCUGCAGUGUCUGCAAGAGCCGGUGAGGAGCUGCUGCCUUUUGCCGCCCCGGGAUCCCACCAAGGAAUGGGAAUCUGAUGGAUUGCAAAUGCGCCCGCUUGGUUUAACCCCCAGCCAACCAGAUAAGUGCCCUUUUAAUUUUCUCACGGUCGUGCUUUAGCCGUAUCUGUGCACAGAACAUCUCUGUUCACACUGAUUUUGAUUCGCCCUCACAAGUGAACGCUCUGCGCUUCUCUCUCCUGCUCAGAAACCCCAAUAGCGGACAGCGGUGUUCAAUGCGUGCUAUUAAUUGCCAGGAGCUGCUGCAGCCCGGGGCUCGGGGAGCUGCGGGUCGGUGCCAUCCCCAGCCUCAGGCAGCCCGUGAUGUUGUGGGCAGCGGUUCCGUGGUGCUGCUGCCGCGACCCACCAGCCCGUGCAGUCCUCUGGGGCUCAUUAGGGGCUUAAUAACCAGACUUGGCUGGCUUGAUAGGGAAGAUGCUCGUGCAGGCUUGGCGUGAUCUCAGAGAAAGCAGCUUACGCCGCUGGAAGGAGAGGGCUUUGUGCAUGUGCUGUUCAUCUGUGUGACAGGGGAGGUGGUAGCCUCCGCUUCUUCCAGCAGGGAGAUGAGCAAGGAUGUGGGGCAGAAGCCCUCAGUUACACUGGGAUUGUAUGGGGCGUGCAGAGCAGUCUCAUGGGUGAACAGCAGCAGGAAACGUCCCCUCAGAACUGCAAGGACAGAGAACGCAGUCCGUCAGGAAAAUGACUUUGGAUUUCUGUAGGUGACUGCUGCCUGCUUACAAACACGCUGAUCCAAUUAUAAAAUAAGUUAAGAAAACGAGAAGAUGUGGCUCUCUUGUAAAGCCUCACUUUGCAACAGCACGCAGUCAUGAGGCUGGGACAAAUGUUUGCCGUACCUGUGACUGACUGUGUUAGAAUGAAAAACACGGAGGCAGAGUGUGCAAAUGUGGAGGGGAUGUGUGGCACGCAGGAGAACAGGACCCAAAUCACCCCGUGUCUGUCUUGUCUGCUGUAGCAGGGUUGAUUAGUAUCAUAAAAUGCCCACCUUGCUGUUAGGGUAACUACAAACAUGCUUGCUACAGCAAAUAAGGCUGUGCUACCUGAUGUGAAUUUGCCUUACCUACCUAAGUGGAUGGAGAGUUUCCUGGUGAAGGCACCAGCCCAGAAUGGAGGGAAAGUGGAGAACGGUUCCCUGCCACAAACUGACCACGAGCACAGCCUGUGGCCUUCAUGUCCUGUCACUGACAGCCUGGAAAUGAGGCUCGUAACGCUGCUAUCCUGGCAGCCAAGGGCCACUGAGUCGUGGGGGGGACAAGGGAUGGAGUGAUGGAGUGGGAGUUUUCUGCAGCACAAGAGCUGGAUCAAAGUCAGCCUGCUUGAACCCUGCAGUGUCUGCAGUUCUCUUUUCCUGGAAAAGCUCCUUGUCCGUGCUGUUGUUAUCCAGAAAAGUUUUCAUAUUAAUAGUACCAAAAGCAUCUCUGGUAUCAGUGACUGUCUGGCCUCUGUCUUACAAUUGAUAGCAGUAGUUAUCCUUGGCUCUUCGGUGAUCUGAUAAUAAAAGGGCUGGACAUUAUAUUAAGAAACGCUGAUGAAACAAAGGCUUUGUGGUAAAGCUGCAGUCAGGGCUUUUUCAUUCAUCAAGGACGAAUAGGAAAUUGAAACAUGUCAUCUGUGUACCUCAAUUAACAGAGCUGUUUGCUCCUCUGAAGGAAAAAAUAAUAAUAUAAAAAAAUAACAUAAGUGAUUUCCAAGGUCUUGAUUGCUAAGUUGGCAACUUGAAAUGUCCUUUCUGCCACUGUGCCAGUAUCGAUGCUCACCCAACUUCGGCCCCAUUAAAUUAACCUGCAGUUUGUUUGCUGGGUGGAUCUCGAGGUAGAGAAGGACUCCACAGGUCUUGACAGAUUGCUGCAAAAAAACUCUUGUCCUGAACAGAAGACCCCCAGAUCCCUCACUCUUUCCUUGUCUUACAGGUGAACCUUGAAGACGGCUGAGGCGCUCCGUAUCUCCUCAAUGCAUGCCCUUCCCCUGGGGUUAGAAGAGCAGCCAUGGGGAAACACAAGAAAAAAGAGGAGGCUGUCUUCCUGAGGAAAAAGAUAACUUUGCUGAGGGCUUUCUCACUUCUCAUCGGCAGCAUGGUUGGCAGCGGCAUCUUCAUCUCCCCCAAAGGAGUGCUGAAAAACUCGGGCACCGUGGGGUUCUCCCUGGUGGUGUGGUUUGCCUGUGGGCUCCUCUCCAUGUUCGGUGCCUUGUGUUACGCAGAGCUUGGAACAAGGAUCACCAAGUCUGGAGGACAUUACAUCUAUAUUUUGGAGACCCUGGGGCCUCUGCCAAGUUUCUUGUUUCUGUGGGCAGAGUUUUUUGCUAUCAGGCCCGCCAACAGUGCUGUGGUCUCUCUGGCAUUUGGCCGCUACCUGCUGGAGCCAUUUUUUGCCCCCUGUGCAGCCCCCGUCCCUGCUGUGAAGCUCGUCUCUCUCCUGGGCUACUAUGCAGUCCUCACCCUCAAUUCCUGGAGUGUCACCUGGAGCGCACGGCUGCAAACGGCCCUCUCCGUUGUCAAGCUGCUGGCCCUCAUGCUCAUCAUCGUGCCAGGGAUGAUGCUGCUGGCCCAGGGUCACACCAAAAACUUCCAGGAUGCUUUCGACAGGCAGUCGCUGGUUCCAGAUAAGCUGCCCUUGGCUUUUUAUGCAGGCAUGUUCGCGUAUUCAGGCUGGUUCCAGACCAGCUUUGUGCGUGAGGAGUUGGUCAGACCCGAACGAAACAUCCCCCUGGCUGUCAUUGUGUCUGUGAUCACUGUCAUUGUGGGGUAUAUGCUCACCAACAUCUCCUAUUACACCGCCCUGGGAACACAAGAUGUUCUGGCUUCUCCAGCUGUCGCUGUGAGUUUUGUGCAGCAAGCCUGCACAAACCUUAUCUCAGUGGUCCCUGUCCUUGUUGCACUGUCCUGCUUUGGCACCAUGAAUGGAGGAAUCCUCACAUUUUCAAGGACACUGUUUGUGGCCUCCAGGGAAGGGCAAUGGCCUCCUCUCUUCUCCAUGAUCCACAUUCGAAGACAUACACCCCUUCCUGCUGUCAUGCUUAUGUUCCCUUUGGUUACUGCCAUGGUGUGUAUUGGAGAUAUCUACCAUCUACUGAACUUCUUCAGCUUUUCCCGAUGGCUCUUCAUAGGAUUAGCCACCCUUGGGCUCAUUGUCCAUCGGUACCGUCACCCGGAGCUGCAAAGCCCAUUCAAGGUCCCUCUGUUUGUUCCAGUCUCUUUUACCAUCAUCUGCCUCUUCACAGUGGCCAUGUCUAUCUACUCAGACCCUGUAAACAUUAGCAUUGGAUGCACCAUGGUUUUAAGUGGCUUUCCGGUCUACUACCUCGUAAUCCAGAGGAAGAUGUCAAAUCGCUGCCACAGACUGCUCUAUUAUCUUACACACAAACUGCAGCUACUGUUGGAAGUAGUCCAACAAGAAAUCAAGACAUACUGAGGAAACCAUCAGAACUUAGGAGAAGAUAUAAUCUACUUGCUACACGCCUGGUGCCUUUGAUCCUUCCAAACACAAGCCAUGCUCUUAUUCUUUUAAUCACUGCAAAUGAGGAUGAGCCUGAGCCAAAACCUUGCUGCAAGCAGCCCUAAGCUUGCCAGUUGGGGUCUGGAUGAGCACGUCACAGCUGCUUCUGCCCUUUUCUUUUUUUAGCAGGACAGUCUACUUCUCUGAAAUAAGCUUUCUUUGCCUGCAGAGUGUCUUUGAAACAAAGAUCCAGAUUUUGCAGUCUAGCCCGGUCCUCAGCAAAUUAUAUAGUCUUUUUUAAUUUCCUAACUCGGCAAAUAGAGAGCCUACAGCAGAACUAGAAUCUGGCUACGUGGAAGUCAAGCACAGGAUUCAAACUGAAGUCAAGGUCAAGCUGGACGGGGCUCUGAGCAAUCUGAUCUCACUGUAGGUGUCCCUAUUCACUGCAGGGGAGUUGGACGAGAUGACCUUUAAGGGUCCCUUCCAACACCAACCAUUCUGUGGUUCUAUGAUUCUAUGAAAUCUGUAUCAGCCAUGUGAAAUGAUGCUGUGGAGAAAGAUUAUAGAGGGAAAUGGGCAAGGAGUGCAAACAGGAGAUGAAGUACAUAUGCAGAGGAAAGCAGGAGGUGGGGGGAAUAAAACUUCACUCACCAGGAAGCAAAGAUUUGGGUUAGUGGGAAGAUAUUUGAAAAUCAUUUGAAAUUCAAAUCACAAGCUAAGAAGACUAGGAAUGUUUUUUUAUUAUUAUUGUAUAAGCAAAAUAACUGCAUUUUGCUUCGAAAUAAUGCUUCAAUUUUGAAUUUUAUUGCUUUGAAAUGAUAUUUCAAAAUGUACCGACACAGUAAAAAAUAUAUAUAUGAAAAAAAUAGCUAAAUACCCUAAAGAAGAGUUCAGAAUAGGCUCCCAUUCUUCCUCCAGGCCCCCACCUCACCUGGUACCACCAGUGAAGCUGGAAAUUCAGCUUUUGUCCCAACAGCAGUGAAAUAUGAUUCUCCUUUUGUUAGAUAAGAGCAGUUAUAAGUCGUGGGCAGAUUCCUUAUGAAGAGUACCUUUUGGUGCUGUAGGAAGACACUAAAGACUUCAGGUCUGAUCUUUAACUUCAAAUCUACAGUCAAAAGACUUGCUGAAUCAAUACAGAAAUGCUCAUUGGAACUACUGACGUCAGAAAGGUUUCUGUUGUUGGAUUACUUUGGUUUACAUAAUCAAUGUUGCGAAGUUAAAAAGAUAAAGAGCAAUUAGCUAUUUCCAAUCACUGAAGUGUUAAUCUUUUCCUAAAAGAUUGGAAGCAGCAUCCUGAGCCUCGUCUGAUGGCCCUGGGGAGAGGAAGAGAAGAACGUGAAGCAUUUGUAAUCUACCAAGCAUUCGUGUACUUAAGAGUAAUGCCAAAGUAGCACUUAUAAAACAGUGUAGUUUAACAAAACAUGUAAAAUGCACAGUCAAGGACUGGAAAUAAAUAAAGGCUUUGGUUUUUUUCUUC